CCCACUCUAAUAAUAAAAUAAAUAAAAGAUGUACCAAGAUUUGACACGCAAAUGAUUGCACAUAAUAAUCCCUUGAGAGAGAGAGAGAGAGAGCUAACUAAAUGUUGACAUGCAGAUGGUGGACGGAGAAGACGGUGGCGAUUGUGACCGGUGCGAACAGAGGCAUAGGUUUUGCCAUUGUGGAGAAGCUGGCGGAGUUUGGGCUGACCGUGGUUCUCACUUGCAGGAGCGAAAGCAAAGGCGUGGAAGCAGUUCUUUCCUUAGCUAAGCGAGGCCUCACUGCUCAUUUCUGCAAAUUAGACGUUACAGACGAUGAAUCAAUUUUGAAUUUUGCUUCCCGGCUUCAUGUCACAUUUGGAGGCCUUGACAUUCUUGUGAACAAUGCUGGUGUGUCUUUUAGUGAGAUUCAUAGCAACAAUGUUGAGGAGGCAGAGAUUGUGAUCAGAACAAACUUCUAUGGGCAGAGGAAGUUGAUUCAAGAGCUUCUGCCACUGUUCCGGCGGUCGCCGGCGAUGAAGAGCAGGGUACUUAAUAUUAGCUCUCAGCUUGCCCUUCAAACUGGUGACAGCUUUAAGGAUUGGAAAGAGAACAUUCACAUUGUUCUUGGCUGCAUGGAUUUAGACCUUGCGUUAAGAAUGGAAAAACCCGCUCCUCUUACGGAUGCUAGUUCCUCCGAGGAUAGGAGGAUCUAUGAGAA